AUCGUGAAUGGGGAUCAAUGAGUUUAAAUAGCUUACUUACCUAUUUAUAUUAUGAAAAUCCCUGACUACUCAAAAGAACAUUUCAGAAGCCACCGGCUUACCAGAAGCUGGAAGUUGUUGAUUUCUAGAUCAAGCUUAAAAGGAAGUUAAAAGAUGUCUGAGACUUCUGAAGAAGAAAACGUGUGCGCCAUAUGCUGGGACGAAUUUUCACACCCUAAAAUUUUGCCAUGUCGCCACACGUUCUGCAAGGCAUGCUUAAAGGGAUACCAAAAGAAAACGAGCGAUUUUGAAGAAAUAAAAUGCCCCGUGUGUCGCCAGACACAUACGCUUGAUGAACGUGGAUUGGAUUCUUUUCUUGACAAUUAUUUUGUCCACCUUCGUCCAUCAGACCAACCAGAAAUGCUGUGCUGCAGUAUAUGCUAUGAAGAGGCCAUUCUAAAAACAUGCUCCCAUUGCUCAGAAAAACAUUGCCCGUCUUGUAGGAAAUCACACACCUUGGCACUCAGGAUAGCUGGAGAAAGUUACGAACACGGUUCUGAUUCCGAAUCAGAUAAAAACGAAACAGAGGAUUUUGUUGAUAGAGAUAUAACGGACGAGGCAAGUGUGCCAUUUCAUCUAAUGUUUUCCGGUCAAACAAUAAGGACACAGUUUAAUGCAAAACUCGUGUCUGCUUUUAAGACAGGAUCGAUGACCAAUAGCUCAGAAGAAGACCAACAACCGCCAAUAUACACGCUGUUUCAAAAUGGAAAAGAUAGAAUUCUUGUCGUGUUAGAUACUGGACCUGAAAUCGUGGAAUAUAAAGAAGAUGGCACAGAAACAAACCGGUUCAUGUUUCCAUGCAGAAUAUCUGAUAUUAUUAUGACACCUACUGGACGUACAUUGUUUGUCAAUCCAGGUGACCCUUUUGUUCUGGAAAUAACAUUGAAACAAAUAUAUCCCUUUGCUCCUUGUAAAGGUUGCAGACCAAUAUGUUUAGCCCCCUUUAAUGACGGCCGAAUAGUUGUGACGGGUUUUGCUAUUCCAUCCACUCAGGACGAAGAAACAGAGGAAGGAGAAAGAGAAAGGAAAGGAAUGUUACUAUUGUAUGAUAAAACCGGAAAAUUAUUGAAAGAAGUAAAAGAAGGUACUGACGGACCGGUGUUAAGAUUUCCCAUGAAUAUCGCUGUAAGUCAUAUAAACAACAAGAUAUGUGUCGCUGACCAAGAUUUAAAAUGCGUGUUGAUUUUUAGUGACACGUGUGAUUUGUUAGCCCGGUAUGACGCUGGACAAAGCACAAGGCGAAUGGGACUUUUCUGGAAUCCAAGAGAGUUUGUUCCAUUCUGCUUGUGCCACGAUCCCGAAGGAAAUAUUAUAGUUCCAAAUACUGUUGAUAGCCUUAUCCAUGUUUUAAAUCCAGAUGGGAAUUUUUUAGGAUAUAUUUUAACAAGAGACAAAGAAGGGUUUGGCCAUCCUGCAGGAAUAAUGAUGGAUCCUACAAACAGCAGAAUUUGGCUCGGUGAUCGCAUUGAUGGAAAAAUAAGGAUCUAUGAAAUUUCUAGUUAUAAAAAUUCAUUUAAUCAGCAGGACAUGUAUAACCCUUAUAAUUUUAGAUUAAAUUUUGAUUGAUAGUGAUUGUUUAUUUUAAAUCCUUUACUCUCAAUUUUGUGGAAAAAUGCCCAAAUAAAGAAAAAUAAUGUUCACUGUAUCCCAGUUAUGAGUAUUAUUUUUCUCAAGUCUGAAAUAUAUCUGUGAUGUCAUCAUUGUGUUAUUAAUAAUUGACCUCCAUAAAUAAUUGCAUAUUAAAAUAUCAUAAAGGCACGUCAGUUUUAACGAUAUCACUAUUUCCAGGAAAAUAUGAGUGUUUACUAUGACGGCUUGUGGGUGUGGAAUUUACAAGGUCUUAUUCGCCUGAUUAGGAAGCUAUAUCGUCUAUGAAGUUUCUGGUACUUGUACUCACCCAAACAUAUUCU